AUGGCCAAUCAAAAGCAUGUCGUCUUCGACGUCGUCGGCACCUGCGUCUCUUUCGAUGCCUUCUACAAAGGCAUCGACCGUGUCAUUGGCGAGAAGCUAGCCUCCAAGCAAAUCACAGCCAAUGCAUUCGGCUACACUUGGAUGACGGCAGCCGAGCUGGAGUUCACCUUUCUCUCCGUCUCUGAGCGCCACCGUCCCUACAAGGAAGUUUUGCGCACCUUGUUUUACCGCACGCUAUUCAUGACUGGCGUUGCAGAGCCAAGAAAACUCGUCACAGACGAAGAAAGGGAUGCCUGUGUCCUGGCUUAUUCGGACCUCGAGUUGCGACCGGGAGCUGCAGAGUGCUUCCAAAUAUUGAGAGAUGCAGGCUUCACAGUGUGGUGUUUGACAACAGGCGAUGUCAAGCGUGUGGGUGGAUACUUUGAGCGCGCUGGCGUUGACAUGCCGCUCGAGAACCUCAUCAGCUGCGACGGACAGGGCGUGGCCAAACCAGCGUUGGCUGCGUACAAGCCAACCCUAGCUCGGUUCGCACCGGAUGAUAUCAAGUGGUUUGCUGCUGCUCACAUGUGGGACGUAUCUGCUGCAGUCAAGGUUGGCUUCCGGGGUGCUUACUGCACCAUCUAUGAGCAGGAUCCUUGCUCUGAGAUCUUCGACACCAAGAUGGAGGUUAAAGCCGAUACACUACCGGAUAUGGCAAAGGGUAUUGUGAAAGCAUCGCUUUAG